CACCUGAUGUCUAUAGGGAUCGUUGAGAAAUUUAAUGGCAACCACAUUACUGUUUACACCAAAGGAAAUCAGCUGUAAGCAGUUUUGACAGUUAAAAGAAGUGAUUUCUUAAUUGUUGUAAUCUCUGAGCUUUUUUAUUCCUUCUAAAAUGGAUAAAGAGCUUGAACGUGAAGCUAAGCAAAAUGCUGCUAAAUUGGUAUCAAGUAAUCUUCAAAGAACUAACAAUUUGGAGCAAAUCAGACAGAGUAAAAAACUCCGACUUAACAAAGAGGCUGCUGGGGAAGCUAUGUUGAGAACAGCGAUGCAAACGCAGUUGGAUGAUGUUCGUAAGGGUUUGAUUCAUUUGCAAACAUCAUCUACACACGCCCAUUCGAUUCGUGGAUUAAUUAAAGAGAUUGAACAUGAGUUGGCUAUUAUUCCCAGUUUGGUGGAAAAGCUUAAAGGAGUUCGAGAUGAGAGUAUGAAGCAUACACAAUUAGCAGCAGCUAAAGAAAAUCUUAAGCACAUCUUUAAUGUCCCAGAAAAUGUAUCCAAGACAAGAUAUUACAUCUCGGAGGGUAAAUUAUUGUUAGCUCAUCAAUGUUUAACAGAAUUGGAAAAUUCCAGAGACGACUUGCUGUACGAAAUACACAGACUAUCAUCAGCCAAUUCACAGGAUAAAAGUAUGCUUAGAAAUUAUUUUUCUGAAGUUGAAAAAUUAUCGGAAGAAUUGGGUAAACAACUUUGGUUGAUUAUAAGAUUAACAUUAAACUCUGUAAUAAAAGAACCAGCUAUCAUUGUAACCGCAUUGAGGAUAAUUGAAAGAGAGGAAAGAUAUGAUGCAGCAGCCUUAAAAAGGAAAGAAUCAACUGAUUUCAUGCCGCCAGGUAGGCCUAAACAAUGGAGGAAUAUGGUCUUCAAAAUUCUUGAGGAAGCUGUUAAUGAGCGAAUAGUUGGUACUCAAAUUGAUGAGCGAGCUCAAGAUAAAAUGUGGCUGGUGCGACACUUGGAGGUUGUUCGGCGACAGAUUCUUCGUGAUUUAAAGACUGUAAAACUUGCCGUUGUACCUUGUUUCCCUCCUGAGUACAACAUUGUUAAACAAAUGUUGAGUAUUUAUCACCGAUGUAUGAGCACUCAUCUUCAGGAAUUGGCUCUUCAAUUGGAGGGAAAUGAGUACGUUACUCUUUUGAAUUGGAUUCAAAAGUAUGAAGGACCUGAUUUGAUGACCCAUCCAGACCUCGAUUUUGAUCUGAAAGAAGAAGGAUUACCUCCAUUGUUACCUAAACAAUUGGUUGAUGAAUUAACCAACAAGUAUUUGCAAACUAUUGAGCGUAAUUAUAAGGAAUGGAUGAACAACACAAUUAAUCGUGAAUGGAAAGAUUGGAGCAGUGCAAAUCCACCAGAGACCGAUGAUGCUGGGCAUUACCAGACGACAACGCCAGUUAUUGUUUUCCAAAUGAUUGAUCAACAUCUUCAAGUCGCUAAAACUGUGGAUCAGAAGUUAACAACAAGAGUAUUAAUUUUAAGUCUAGAUCACUUGGCAACUUUCGCCAAACAAUAUAAAGAUGCCGUCCACAAGUAUUGUGACUCUCAUUUCGAGGAUAGAGGACAAUUCAACUCAUUCACUCCUUACAUGAUUGCGGUUGCCAACAAUUGUGUUAGUUUCGUUGAUAUUGCCUGGAAAUUUCGUAAAAAGUAUCCUUCUGUUACAAAUGCUAGUUCCGAUCAAGCAUUCGAAAAUGUUUUAAAUUCAUUUGAAAAAUUAAGAGAAGACACAAUCAAAUUUUUACUUCAUGAGCUAUUUUUGGACUUGGACAAAGAAUUGGUCAAAGUUGGAACUCGAGAAUGGUUGGAAGGAAAGUUCAGUGUUAUUGAAAAUGUUUGCCUAACUCUAGAAGAUUAUGUCCGUGAUUAUAAUCAUCUCAAAGAAAGAAACUUUGAUGCACUGAAAGUUGCUCUCGAAACCAAAUUGGCGAAAAGUUACAUUACGUCGAUUUUGAAAAAGAAAAUGACUUUUAAAGAUCACACUCAAAGAGAGGCAUUUGGACGAAAGUUUAUAAAAGAAGGCGAAGUUCUCAAAAUUGCGAUUGGUAAAUUAUCAAAUUACAACACACUAAAAUUAGAACAAAAGAAAACAUCACCUUUCGAUUCACUUCCUCUUUUGGCCGAAUUUUUGAGACUAAAAGAUUUGUCAAUGCUAUUUCUAGAAGUUUCGGGCCUGAUAAAAAAAUAUCCUGAUAUUUCAGCUGAUCAUUUGACAGCACUACUUAAUCUUCGAGAAGAUAUGACCAAAACAAAUGUCCGCAAACAAGUUACAGAUAUGAUGUCCGAACUACCACAGUCGACAACAGCAGCCAAAACUGUUUUUUCUGAAAUCGAUUUGAACUGAAGUGAAUUAUCAUAGCAAAAAUCAAGACGGUCAGUGAAUACGAAUUAUCUGGCAUCAAAUACAAUCACUAUAAAAUGAGAGAAAACGAUAGGAAGACAUAGAUGAGUUUAUAAAAUCCAUCAAGUGAUCAUGAAAUUUUUCAAAAUUUUGAAUUUCAACAAACUUACAUCUUUUGGUUCGCUUUUUGUACAUUAUACGAUAACCACAUUCCCUACAUCUGAUAGGAUCUCUCGGCUUGAUUUCGUUUUCUUUAUGACACUCUAGUAAUCCAAAAAUAAAUUAACCAAAGAGAAAUAGGAAA